UGGGGGCAGCUGUCUCCACUACUAGAAAUUGUAAAAAUGAAGAUAGUCGUAGUCGUGCUCACUCCUAAUAUUAGUUUGUUGACACAUUCAGAAGUCAAACUUAUCUCUCAUCUUUAUUUUGUAUGCAUGAAUAUUGAAUUCCCAUCAAAAGCCCUUGAACCCCAUUGCUCCUUAUUUCUCCUUCCUUCUUCUACCUUUGUAUUAUCCAUUAAUUUUAUCAUAUCUCAUAUUCAUACUAUACUUCUUCUAUCUUUGAUUAUCUCUUGUUUGUGUUUUGUUUCAAAUUAACUUGUCCGUUGUCGUUGUCGUUGUCGUUGUUGUCGCCGUUGUUGAUCCAUCAUGUCGUUGUUCCGGCGAUCGUUCUCUAGGAGGCUUCCUGAGCGUCUUCAUGAAAUCUCUGAACGCAUAUAUGUGUUCGAAUGCUGCUUGUCACCUUCUGUUAAGAGCGAAGAGGAAUACAAAUCAUACUUAGGUGGUGUUGUGAAAAGUUUGCAUACAUGCCAUCCUGGUGCUUCAUUUAUGGUAUUUAACUUCCGAGAAGGUGAUGAAAUGAGCUUAUUGUCAGAUAUACUGAUUGAUUACGACAUGCCAGUAGUGGAUUACCCUUGUCACUAUGAAAGUUAUCCUCUGCUACCAUUGGAGAUGAUUCACUAUUUCUUAAGAUCUAGCGAAAGCUGGUUAUCGUUAGAGGGUAAAAAGAAUGUGAUCCUGAUGCACUGUGAUAAAGGUGGUUGGCCUGUGCUUUCUUUUAUGCUAGCAGGUCUUCUUCUUUACAGAAAACAAUACAAUGGUGAGCAGAAGACUCUUGAAAUGGUAUAUAAACAAGCUCCUAAACAACUAUUAUCUGUUGUUAUAUCACCAAUUAAUCCUCGAGCUUCUCAACUAAGAUAUCUUCACUACAUUACGGGUAGAGAUUUAGCUUCAGAAUGGCCUCCCUCUGAUGCACCUGUAAUAAUAGACUAUCUAUUGUUGAGGAAUCUUCCUUUGUUUAAUGGUGGCAAAAGUUGUAGGCCUGUUAUCCGAGUGUAUGGCCACGAUCCUGAUGCAAAGGGAAAUAAAACUCGCCUUUUAUUUUCAUCAUUCUUGCCAGAUGAACCUGCUUUAAACUAUUCUAAGGAAGAAUGUUUGUUUGUGAAAUUAGAACUUCGUUGUCAGAUCCAGGGUGAUGUCUUCCUUGAGUGUAUCCAUUUGAAUGAUGAUCAAGUAUCGGAAGAGAUGAUAUUUAAAAUCAUGUUCCAUACAGGAUUUGUCCGAUCAAACAUAUUGAAUCUCGACUCUAAUGAUAUUGAUGUUCCCUGGAACACAAAGCUCCCAAGGGACUUCAAAGCUGAGGUUCUGUUUCGGGACAUGAAUCAAGUACCAGUAAAUAUUACCUUGGAAUUAGGCGGAGGCGGGGAAGAAUUCCAUGAUUCCGACAGUGAAUUUUUCGAGGUUGAAGAGAUUUUUAACCCUAUGCCUGAGAGCGAAGACAAGAAGAAUUUUGACAGUAUAAUAGUUUCAGAUACAAAGUUGGCAGAUAACAUAAACAAAGACCGCACAUUACACAAUGGGACUCCCAGAUGGGAUUUGGAUGUUGAAGAAAUUGAUGAUAAUUCUUCAAAACAGAAAGCUGUAGAUGAAGGGAAUCACAAACUAACUUCAGAAGCAGAAUCUGAUAUGAUAAGUACUUCAUCAAAGAACAUUGUAGUGGUUGACUUAUGUGGAAGCGAAAUACAAGAUGUGAAGGUGGAGAUCGAGCCCAAAGCCGUCAUUCAAACUCCUGCUAAAACAAAACAGAACAAGAAGAACAAAUGGCAAGACAUUACAGCAAAGACAAUUAAACAAAAUAGGGUGAUUUCUCAGUGGGUGCCACGCGCAAAAACACCACCAGCAUCUGAAGCAAACAAAACCAAAGCACCCGUUUAUAAGUGGAUUCCCAAAGGACCAGCUACACACACAGAGGCUCAAGGUGCAGAAUAGAGCAAACAUUUUGCUGCUGCUGCUCUUUUCUUAAUAUUUUAUCGUCCAUUCCAGCUAAACUGAUGGAAGCAAGUUCCCAGUUUCAUUCAGGGCUAUAAUGAGAUAUAUGAAAUUUCGGGUAUUUUGAAAUGUACCUAAUACUGUAUGCAUAUCAUAAACUCAAGUAUUACUAUAGAUUUAAUAACAGGUGUUCCUUUGUCUUUUGGGGUAUUUUCGGCUACUAAUUGUUUUCCUU